GAAGCGGAGAGGGAUGCCAACCGUCUGGAAGCUUCGGACGGCACGACCUCGGAGGAGGAUGGCAACCCGCUCGUGCAGGAUCGCGUGCUGAGGCGAAAGAUCCACCAUGCGAAGAUGGCAGAAGAGCCAGGUAUGAAGCACGUUUCGGUGCUAGAACGAAGCUCGGUAGGAGAACGAACCUGGGCGCAAUAUCGAAAGCUAUAUCGAGGCCUGGUGGGCUACGUCGACGAGUGCAAGCUGAACACCGACAAAGUGCAGGACUUCGACGUGGCCAUUGUCUCCUUCAUGACCCACAUGUACAUGCUGGGCUACGACGCGGGCAUCGGCCAGAAGUUGAUCGCAGCCGUGGUGUUCUUUCAACCUCGCUUCGGCAAGCUAGGUCACCUGGACAUGGCCAUCUGGACGAUCAUCGCUCUCUGCACCUACCUGCGUCCAGGCUCUAUGAUGCAGCUCACCAGGGGCUCGCUGGCCCCACCUACCAUGAAGGUCGACACCCUGUGGCGUGUGCUGGCGCACAGGUCAGACCUCCACCAGGCGCCGUUCCACAAGUCGGGUCCCGACACCGCGGGUACGGACAGGUCGCCCAUUGACGCGCAGAUAGCCAUCGAGGCGGCCAAGCAGUCGCGGACGGCCGCUCCGAGUGCGGUUGCACCGACCAACGGGUUCUCCAACAAAGGCUGCGCGGACUUCCACGGCACCAGGUGGGCUUCUCUGCGGGCCUUGCGUUGCUGCGUUUUCCAGGCCGGGGACGGCUACCCCGAGUACGUCGAAGAGAGGGUAUACGAGGAAGUGAUGUCCGUUGUCGGCCAUGGCCCAAUCACGUGGGAGGCCCUGGGCAAGAUGAAGUACUGCACGCAGAACGUGGGGCCAGCGGAAGCAGCGCCUCAUGGGAUGCUCCAGUGGGCGUGGGUACGCUACGAAGGAGAGCCAUUGUGGCACCAGCGCCUGAUCUUCGGGCGACGGGUCCGGACGCCACUGGAGAGAGUCAGUGAGUGGAUGGUGCUCAUCUGUGCGGUGGACACCGACAUCUAUGAGGAAGACUACUCAUGCCAGGGUCGGGACAUCAUUGCGGUGAGGUUCACAUCCGAUCGAGCCACCUUCCCCGCUGGAGCUGGUGCCGCCAACUCGUACAGGUUCAGGCGGAACCUCACGGUGGUGGAGAUGCAGCAGAUCGACCAGACCGCGCUGGACUACUGCACCGCCGCCCUAGUGGCCGACCACCAACGCCUGCUGCUGCCCGCGCCGGGGGGGCCGUUCCUCGUGCCGCUGACCUUCGGCCCUGCAGGGGACGUGGCCGCCGCGCUGGCCGCUCCAGCGGCGGUGCCCGCUAGCGCCCUGGCGGCGGCUCCCCUCGCAGGCGGAGCGGCCCCAGGCGGCGCGGCCGCGGCUGAGCUGGGGGCCGCAGCCCCAGCUGCCGCGGCAGCGGUGUGGGCGCUGGUAGAGUCGACCACGGCGGGCAAGCGCGGGACGGCGGUGACCCCGCCCGCCGGCUCGGACCUCCGCGGGGCCGUCGGCUUGAUGCCUCAGGCGGACGGGACGCGGGUAGCCAUCCGCUCGAUCUCGGAGCCCGCGCAGACCUACGCGGGACGGGAGGCCGCGUCAGACGCCAGGCUGAUGAGCAUCGUCGCGAACCCAGCGGUUCCAGGCGGCAGGCUCCUGAGGCAGUGGCGCGAUGCGGUGGCCAGCUUCACCGAGGAGUCGUUCGUGGGCCACGCCGAUUCGGUAGAGGGCGAGAUCAUUCGGACCCUCAACGAGCUGUACCUUGGCCAGCCCUCGCCCCCCGUCGGCCAUCCUCAGCCCAUCACUGCGGGCCAGCAGCGGGCCUUGGACAAUGCGCGCAACGCAGUCCGACGGUUCGAUGCCCCCCCGGAGGGGUUGACUGGCUCAGGAGCCCUUGAGGAGCCCCGAGUUCUCAGCGACUAUGCUGGCGAGAGCGCCACCGUCGCUCCGCUCGACUUUGAUAAUAUAAACAGCCUCUCUCUCUCGGACGAGGGCUUCAAGCCAGUGCCGCUUGACACGCUGGGCGGGGGUGCUGGCCGCAGGAUAGUCGAGCGGUUUCAUGAGAUGAUGUUGCCCCAGUCUGAGGGUCGAGCUCGGAUCGAGUCCGAGGGCCCCCGGAAGCUCUACACCGACCCGGCGCUGAGGGACCCCAAGCUGCAUAAGUCGGUUAAGCUGCGGCUCAUCCUGGACGGCAGGCACGCGCCCCUGCACUUCCAGGUCCCCGACAAGGUCGCUCUCGCGUCGGGGGCGACCUUCGCCGGCCUCCACUUGGACGGGGGCAAGCCCAUCGCGGUGGCGGAGGUCGACCUGGCAGAUGCGUUCUACACGAUGAUGCUGCCGCCGGAGUUCAGGAAGUACUUCGCGCUGCCUGGCUGCCGCGCGGGGUUGCUGGGCCUCGAGGGCACCACAGACGGGCGGCCCCUGGCUGGGACCGACCUGGUGUACCCGUGUUUCAGGUGCCUUCCGAUGGGCUGCUCCUUCAGCCAGUGGACUUGCCAGACAACGCUGGAGGGGAUGGCCCUGAAGGGACCCCAGCUGCCCCUCGCGAACCGCUUCCUGGACCGUCGGCCGGUGCCGCAGGCGUCCGAGGGGGUGAUUCACACCGAGUACUUCGACGAGAAGUUCCCGAUCAUCGGGCUGAACCCCGCGCUGCGGUGGAAGCUGAGGCUGGCUUUCUUGGAACUUCUUGUCGCGUUCUGUUCUCGAGACGCUGGUGCCGCGUUCGACAGCACGCGCACGAUGGUGGACUCAUCGCGGUGGGGAGUAGGUGUCACUCAGAAAAGGUUGUCAGCUCAGGUGGCUCUUGAGCUCUCCAAGUACAAUGAGAGAUGGAGAUUCAGCCCUCAUCAGGAGUCCGAGGUGUCGCAUAGGUCCCACGCCUUCAAGUCGGCGACCUCCGCCAGCCCCUUCAUCCCAGAGUCGGUCAUCAGCCUCGACUGCUCCGAGAACCCGAAGGCCCCGAUCAAGGAGCCCCUGGAGGCGCCCAUAGAAGAGCCCGUCAAGGAGUCCGUGGUGGAGGGGGUGCACGUGGAGGAGGAGAGGUUCAAUGACAUCGAGGAGGAUGAGGAGGUCCCCGAAAUCCCAUACGACGUCUGGGCGAGUGGCUGGAUCCCGGUGGUGUCCCGUCGCUGGAGUCGCUCAGAGCAUCAGGUUGUCUUGGAGGCCCGUGGCAUGGUCGUGGCCGCCCGCCAUGUCCUUCGACGCAUCUCAUCAUUCAACCGCUGCCAUCUCUGCUUGGGCGACUGUUUGGGGGCCAUCCUGGCCGCCACCAAGGGACGCCCAUCGCGACGGGAGAUGGGCCGCGUGCGCCGGCAGCUGACGGCCCUUUCGCUGGCUAGCGGCGCGGCUUUCUUCUGGAACUGGGUCCCCUCAGAGAGGAACUCGGCCGAUCGUGCAUCCAGGAGCUUGCCGGGCAGCUGGCCCGACAUCGGGCCCCCGCCCGGCCUCGAAGAGGAGGCGCGCUGGCCCCCCGACUGGGCGAGCCUCCUCGACGGCAGCCGCGAGUUCAGCGAGGCCCGGGGAGCUGGCCGCCGAGCCGCUGGACCGCCCAGGGCGGGCAAGCCGCCGGCGGGCGAGACAUCCCCAGGGAGUGAGCUGGCGGGGACCGCUGUGGACUACCAGGCCCGAUACCAAGAUUUCCUGACUUGGGCGGCGAACGCGGGCCUGUCGGUGGCGACCGUCACGGACUUGGAGGAGGCGCUCCUGCAGUACUUGAACCAGCAGUACUUCGACGGGCACGACUCACCGGACGGGCCGAAGGUGGCGGCGGCGGUGGCGCACUUCCGGCUGGACCUGGCGCCGAAGCUUGCCAACUUGCCGAGGGUGUUGCGGGCGCUGAAGGGCUGGAAGAUUCUGGCGCCUCCCCGCGCCCGCCUGCCCCUGCCGUGGCCGGUCGUGGCCCUAGUGGCCGACUGGAUGGCGGCGAACGGCUUCUUGGCCGCCGCCCGAGCGACCGCGCUGACCUUCGUCCUCUACUUGCGGCCGUCGGAGACGCUGUCGCUGCGGGUCAAGUCCGUCGCGCGGCCGGUCAGGGCGGGUCCGCGGCACCUGAGCAAGUACUCGAUCCUGCUGUUCCCGGCGGAGCUCGAGGCGAGGUCGAAGACCAAGGACUACGACAUCAGCAUCUUGUUGGACAACCCGGAUUUCAGCUGGGUCGACCAGAUGCUGGAUCGCCUCGUGGAGGGACGUGCUAUCGACGCGCCCCUGUUCCCCCUGGACAUGAGGUCGUGGGUGCGGGCGUUCCAGCAGGCGGGCGUCGCCCUCGGGCUGGACGCCCUUGGCCCCCCGGUGCUCUUCCAACUGCGCCACGGGGGGGCCAGCCACGAAAUGCUGACGAACGCCAGGGAGUUCGGCGACAUCAAGAAGCGCGGGCGCUGGGAGGCCGACAGGAGCCUCAAGCGAUACGCGAAAGGUGGUCGAGUUCAAGAGCAGCUUCAACCUCUGCGACCCGUGUACCUGGAGAUCUUCAGUGGCUCUGGGAACUGGUCCCGGGCGUUGCGGCGAAGCCUGGCAUCUCGCCUGGCGCCGCGGGUCUUCGAGCUGGACGUGGACCACGAGCCGGUCCUCGGUGACCUCAGCCGUCGGCGAGCCCAGCGCACAGUGCGCGGGUGGCUCCGUGGUGGCCUGCUGCAGGGCGUCUGGCUUGGGAUGCCCUGCAGCUCACGGUCACGGGCACGGAACCGGCCGAGCGGGCCACCUGCCCUGCGGGACGCCCCCCACGUGCUGGCCCUGCCCAACCUGUCGUCGAGUGACUCUCUCAAGGUCGAGACGGGUAACCGGCUGUCGCAGUUCUCAUUCAGCCUCUUCUUAGAGUGCGCCAGGCGUGGAGUCCCCUCAGCAAUCGAGAACCCGUCCACUUCGUGGCGCGUCAACCAGAGUUAA